UCAGAAUGCUACUUCAGGAAAUUCUUUCGCUAGCAUUCAACCUCAUGUCUCGACCAAUAGCGACCGUAGCGCAAGUGUCCAGAAUGCACAAUCUUCCGCAUUGAACUUUAUGCAGCAUCAACAACAGCAACAGGCAUAUUUUGCACAGUUGCAACAGCACCAACAAAUGCAGUAUAUGCAACGAUUUGGCGCAGCUUUUCCAAUAACCGGACCGCCUAAUUCCGUGAAUGCUGUCGCACAACAAGCUUAUGAGCAACAAAUGGCCGCUUUGCAUGCAUCAUUUGGUUAUCCAGGAAUAUUCAUGCCGCCAUCAUUUCCACCUAAAUAA